AUGGCCAUGUUAGCUUCGAAAACCUCUUUCCCCGCAGGCAUGGGUUCCUCAUCCCACACUCCCGUCGCAUCUCAGCCUGCCAUGCCUCCGCCCCGAAGAACUCCCAUGAUGCCCUCUUCAGGUGCUUAUGGUAGCCCAACAGAGUCCGAAUUCACCGAAAACGACCCAGCCGAAUCCGUCAAGAACUGGGAUGAGGAUCAAGUGUGUGAGUACCUGCGAUCAGUCAAAUGCGGUGAAUACGAAAAGAUCUUUCGAAAGAAUCACAUCAACGGCGAGAACUUGUUGGAAAUGGACAAGGACGUUCUGAAAGAAAUGGGCGUCGAAAAGGUCGGCGACCGCGUCCGUCUCUUUCUCAGCAUUAAGAAGUUGAGAACCAGAGCGUACGCCAACGAGAAGAAGCGGAAUCGGGAUUCUUUCGGCGGACUCGACAUUCAGAUCACAGCACCCAACGAUUCGCCACGAUUGCACUCAUCGAGAGGCGUUCCUACAUCAUCUAGCAAGCGAUAUUCAAGACAAAUAGAUUUGCACGGUGCUCUAGACAACGGCAAGACAUCUUCAAGGCCCAAUUCUCCUCUGCCUGGCACCGAUGUUCGGAAUAUGCGGUCUCGAGGCAAACCAUAUGCCUCCAGCCCUGCUGUAAAUGCCCAAGGGCAAAGGAUUGUAACUACAAAUCCGGAUCUUCCGGCAAACCGUCUGGGUCAAGAAGUUAUCCGCGUUAUAUCGACUGGCGGCGUUACGAAGGUCGUCAAGAUUUCCGGAUGCAACACUUGCGAGGAGGUCAUGAGGGUCACUCUUCGCAAAUUUGCUCUGCGGGAGGAUCACGAAAGAAACUACUGCUUCUGGGUCCUGGCUGGCAUCGACCCUGACCCAGGUCAAUGCCGACGACUAGGCGACACAGAGCUCUGGCGCAUUAUCAAGGACCAACGACGACCAGAACGUAACCGAUUGAUAUUACGGAGAGUCCCUGCAGGUGAGCCAGGCGAGGCAGAACUGCACCGCGCCGCGGCCAUUGCCAUGGAGGAGGAGCAGCAAAAACAUGCUCGAGCGCUCGAGACGGUGGACAAGCGAAGUCAACUCAAGGUUCAGAAGAUGCUUGGGGAAAAGUGGAACGACCAGCUUCAGUCCCCGUUGUCGCCAAUCUCAUAUCAGGAUCGCGAGCGAAACCUGCACAAUGCAGCCAAGGACCUCGAGCGUCCCGCCUCGGAAGUAGAGUCAAGGGCGCCAGCCCGACGUGUAGGAGCGCUUCGACAAUUCGGAGGUCUUCGACCUCCCAGCGAGUUGAUUGCGUCUGAUCUUACAUCAUACUUUCCCGACCAUACCAGAGAGGAUAUUGACCGCACAGCACGGCUUUCUAUGCGACGGUCAACUCGCUUGAGCAAGGUCAACAGCCGGCUCAGCGUGGCCAGCAACCUCAGCUUUGCUUCCAGCAUCCAAGAUGCACCUCCAAUCCCCACUAUUGCCGACUCAUGGCUUAAUGCUAACACCCAACUCGCCAAGGUGAGGACUCGAGACUCACAUAUCCGGGUUCCUCAAGCCGCGUACAACCGCGACUCAGUCACCUCGUCAGUUCUUGAUACACUUCAAGAAGAAUCGUCACUUGAGCCUGACCGCAAGUCUUAUGUCUCAUUCACCGAGAGCGGCUCCGAUUCAGCUCCUGUCAGUGUCACUGACCCUGAAGGCAACACCACAGCCACAAGCUACUACGAUGGCGACAACUCAACAGGCUCGGGAUCAUUCCAGGAAAUUCGUCAAGCUUUGACCAACGACGGCGACGAUGUAGAUGAGGAGCUACAAAGCUUCUUGGCUGGAGAGUCAUGGGGCGACGACAAAUGGAUGAAGGGUGCGCUCAUCGGACAAGGAUCAUUCGGCUCCGUUUACCUGGCUUUGCACGCCGUUACGGGCGAGCUCCUUGCCGUGAAGCAGGUCGAGACACCUGCGCCUGGAGCCAACAGCCAAAACGACAAUCGUAAGAAGGGCAUGAUUGAUGCGCUCAAGCGAGAAAUAAGUCUUCUUCGCGACCUUCGUCACCCCAACAUUGUGCAGUAUCUUGGCUGCAGUUCGACAGCUGAUUAUCUUAAUAUUUUCCUCGAGUAUGUGCCUGGUGGCUCAGUCCAGACGAUACUUAAUUCAUACGGCGCCCUCCCCGAACCGCUGGUGCGCAGUUUUGUGCGGCAGAUUCUGACGGGUCUCUCGUACUUGCACAACCAGGACAUUAUUCACCGUGACAUCAAGGGCGCCAACAUUCUGGUGGACAACAAGGGAACUAUCAAGAUCUCUGAUUUCGGUAUCUCCAAGAAGCUGGAGGCCUCCAACAUUCUGAACGGCGCCAAUAACAACAAGCACCGCCCUUCACUGCAAGGAUCCGUUUUCUGGAUGGCUCCUGAAGUAGUGAAGCAGACAUCGUACACUCGCAAAGCGGAUAUCUGGUCGCUCGGAUGUUUGGUGGUGGAAAUGAUGACUGGUAGUCACCCAUUCCCCGAUUGCAGUCAGCUGCAGGCUAUCUUUAAGAUUGGGGGCGGAAAAGCGGCCCCUACAAUCCCUGAGCACGCAAGCGAGGCAGCCAAAGAGUUUCUUGCGCAGACGUUUGAAAUCGACCACAACCUACGUCCUAGUGCAGACCAGCUGAUACUCAGCCCCUUCUUGAUCCCUAUCACAUAG